CAUUCCCUCUCUUUUCAGGUAAACUCUCACUCUCUCGUCUGAUAACUACAGGUAAUAUAAGUAAAGAUGGCCCAAAAAGUGGAAGCACAAGGAGGAAAAGGAGGCAACCAAUGGGACGAUGGAUCCGAACACGAUGCUGUGACCAAGAUUCAGGCCGCAGCAGGCGCUAACGGUAUGCAUUAUGUUAAGUUCGAUUAUGUUAAGAACGGAAAAACCGAAGAAGCACCUCUUCGCGGUGUUAAGGGCCGUAGUAUCGCAUCUGAUCCGUUUGUGAUUAACCAUCCAGAGGAGUACUUGGUUUCUGUAGAAGGUUGGUAUCACCCUGAAGGUCUCAUGAUUCAAGGGCUUAAGUUCAAAUCCAACAAAAAGACAUCUGAUGUCAUUGGAUACGAAGAUGGUACUCCAUUUACACUCCAAGUUCAAGACAAAAAGAUCAUCGGCUUUCAUGGGUUUGCCACAGAUUAUGUCCAAUCUCUCGGAGCUUACUUUGCUCCACUAAUAACCUCUAGUACUCCUUUGACCCCUGCUGUUAAGCAAGAAGCAGGAGGAGGUACCGGAGGAGCCUCAUGGGAUGAUGGUGUACAUGAUGGCGUUAGUAAGGUGCAUGUAGGGCAAGGUCAAGAUGGUGUGUCGUCUAUCAACAUUGUCUACAAGAAGGGUUCUCAGGAGGUUGAAGGAGGUGAACAUGGAAAGAAAACACUUCUUGGAUUCGAAACGUUUGAGGUUGAUGCAAACGACUACAUCAUAGCAGUCCAGGUGACCCACGACAAAGUAUAUGGCCAAGACUCUGACAUCAUUACGUCUCUUACCUUCUAUACAUUCAAGGGGAAAACCUCUCCACCCUAUGGAAUGGAAACCGAGAAGAAGUUUUUACUCAAGGACAAAAACGGUGGAAAGCUUGUAGGGUUCCAUGGACGCGCUGGUGAAGCUCUACAUGCUCUUGGAGCAUAUUUUGCUGCAACAACCACGAUUCCUUCGACCACGUCUCCCAAGAAACUAUUGGGAAUUGGUGGUGAAAAAGGAACUGCAUGGGACGAUGGUGCUUACGAUGGUGUUAAGAAAGUGUACGUAGGACAAGCUCAAGAUGGUAUAUCAGUCGUUAAGUUUGUCUACGACAAAGGCGCUCAGGAUAUUGUAGGGGGUGAACAUGGAAAGAGUACUUUACUUGGAUUCGAGGAGUUUGAGAUUGAUUAUCCAAGUGAAUACAUCACCGCAGUUGAAGGCACCUACGAUAAAAUAUUUGGGAGUGAUGACGUAGUCAUAACAAUGCUUAAGUUCAAGACUAAUAAGCAAACCUCAUCUCCCUUUGGACUUGAAGCCGGCACAGCCUUCGCACUCAAAGAGGAAGGCCACAAGAUCGUCGGGUUCCAUGGAAAAGUCAGUGACUUGCUUCAUCAGUUUGGAGUCCAUGUCAUGCCAAUCACCAACUGAUCACAUGACAUCAUUCUCUUGCGAUUCCAUUGAAUUUGUUAAUUGUGGGCUCUUGAAUAAGUUGAUUUACGUACCCACAGUGGUUCUGUUUGUUUGUGUUUAAAUGUAUUCAAGCAUUGUCUUUAAAUUGUGAUAUUGUUCAUGCCAUAAUGUAAUCAAGUAUCGAUUUUAAUAAAGGUAGUUGGUUCGAUCCA